UCUUGUUUACGGAGCGCGUAGUUGUAGCCCUGGGACUGUCUCCAAAGUUCCCUAUUUAGCUACUUGGACCAAUUGGGGUCUGGCUCCACCCUCCCUCUCUCCCUCGCACGCGUUCCUCGUGGUACGGCCCACACCUUUAGAGCGGCGGCGCGUGCGGACGCCCGUCGCGCCCCCUCCCCCCGGGCGCGCUUGGUACGCCCCGCGCCGCCUCCUUCCCUCGCUCGGCUGGCGGCGCCCCUCCCGGUCGGUGGCGCUUGGUGCCGCCCGGGAGAACCAGGUCAUCGGUCGGCUCCCGUGAAAACAAAAACAAUCGGCGGCGCCUCACGUCGAGAGCAGGGUCGGAGAAGCGGCGCCGGGUGGGGCGGGCAGGCGAGAGAGCGGGCGAGAGCGGCGGCGACGCGCCGGGGCCGGGGCCGGGGCUCCAUGGGGAGGGCGGGCUCGGGCUGCGCGGGGCUCUCCCGGCUCCGCGGCUAGCGCGCCCGCCGCCUCAGCCUCUCGCGCCGUCCGCCUGGGGGACCAGGAGCAGGACGCGGCCUCGGGGGGGCCCGGGCCGAACGGCUGCGGACCCCCGGGCGCCGAGGAGCCGGGCACCGCGGCCUCCGGCAUGGAUCAGUGCGUGACGGUGGAGCGCGAGCUGGAGAAGGUGCUGCACAAGUUCUCGGGCUACGGGCAGCUGUGCGAGCGCGGCCUGGAGGAGCUCAUCGACUACACCGGCGGCCUCAAGCACGAGAUCCUGCAGAGCCACGGCCAAGAUGCCGAAUUAUCAGGGACGCUUUCACUUGUUUUGACACAGUGCUGUAAAAGAAUAAAGGAUACCGUUCAGAAGUUGGCUUCAGACCACAAAGACAUCCACAGCAGUGUUUCUCGGGUUGGAAAAGCCAUUGAUAAGAAUUUUGAUUCUGACAUCAGCAGUGUGGGAAUAGAUGGCUGCUGGCAGGCAGACAGCCAGCGGCUUCUCAACGAGGUGAUGGUGGAGCACUUCUUUCGACAGGGAAUGCUGGAUGUAGCCGAGGAGCUCUGCCAGGAAUCUGGUCUUUCUGUAGACCCAAGUCAGAAGGAACCAUUUGUGGAAUUAAAUAGAAUAUUAGAAGCAUUAAAAGUCAGAGUUCUGAGACCUGCUCUGGAAUGGGCAGUAUCAAACCGAGAAAUGCUGAUAGCACAAAACAGCUCUUUGGAAUUUAAGCUACACCGACUCUAUUUUAUUAGCUUGUUAAUGGGUGGAACCACAAAUCAGCGAGAGGCUUUGCAGUAUGCUAAGAAUUUCCAGCCAUUUGCCCUCAAUCAUCAAAAAGAUAUCCAGGUAUUGAUGGGAAGCCUCGUGUACCUGAGACAAGGAAUUGAGAACUCUCCGUACGUCCACCUGCUCGAUGCAAACCAGUGGGCUGACAUCUGUGACAUCUUUACUCGGGAUGCCUGUGCCCUCCUGGGGCUCUCUGUGGAGUCCCCUCUCAGCGUCAGUUUCUCAGCAGGUUGCGUGGCGCUGCCAGCUCUAAUUAACAUCAAAGCUGUGAUUGAACAGAGGCAGUGCACUGGAGUUUGGAACCAAAAAGACGAAUUGCCUAUUGAAGUUGACCUUGGUAAAAAGUGCUGGUAUCACUCGAUAUUUGCCUGUCCCAUCCUUCGUCAGCAAACAACAGAUAACAACCCACCCAUGAAACUGGUUUGUGGCCAUAUAAUAUCAAGGGAUGCCCUGAAUAAAAUGUUUAACGGUAGCAAAUUAAAAUGUCCAUAUUGUCCAAUGGAACAAAGCCCAGGAGAUGCCAAACAGAUAUUUUUCUGAAGAAUUGAAUUUCGUUUGUUGAUUUGUAAGUGAACUGAAUUGUGGGUACGUUUCAGAAGAGAGAGUGGCAUUGAGAGCCGCUAGCCGAGGACUCCCGUGUUAUAUCAGCUACCGCUGCAGGAACUCUGCCAACACACGAGAGUGCACACCGAGGGAGGUGCCCCCGACGAGCGUUACCAUAGGGCUUUCUUCUACUCUUGGUCUUCAUUUCUGAUCAAGUAAAUACACCAGCAGUCGUCGUCAUUCAGUGCAGGUUUUUGUACUUAAUUCUAUGGUGAUUUUUUUACUUCUUGAGAGCAGAAACAGAAAUUGACCUUCCCUCCAUGUGUUUAAUAGUCCUGCUUUUACUUUUGUCAUUUUCUUGGUAAUUGUAAGCCUUGAGAGCAUCUGUGCAAGCCUUGAGAGCUUUCUUUCUUGCUAUUUACAUGUAAUUAACUGAAAACUUCUUGAGAGAAAGUUUGAACAAAUUGAAUUGUGGUUGUAAAAAUAAUUUGCAUUCCUGGUUUUGCUUAAGGAAGAAAGCUGUGACAGAUUCCAAAUUUGCUUUUUGCUGUUUUCCUCUGCAUCAGCUCUUGCUGAGAAAUCAACACACCUGCAUUUGAGCUCAGCUCAUAGCCCCAGCAGGCUGCCUAUUUAAAAUUCUGUCAUGAAUUUAUUAGCAGGCUGGUGUGAGAAGACUUCUGCUAGAAUUGAAUGGAAGGGAUAUUACUGGGUUUUUUGCUUUUAUUACCAAGAGGUGCUUGCUUUAAGUGUGUUCAAUAAAAUGAAAUUCUGAAGUUAGAAGUGUUUUUAAGUUGCUAUACGCUCUCUUGGUCUUGGUAGACCUGUGCUUUGAAAUCUGCCUUCCAGACCUGGCUGGCUGUCACGUGUGUAUCAUUGCAGACACAGUGUCGUGCAUGUGAAUAUACAGAUCUGUGCACCAGCAUCACACAUUGUAUAUCUGGAAGGGAAAUGCAUGUUUCAUUCCUAAAAUGCAGUUACCAUAUCCAUCACUUUAAGUCCUUAAAGUUAGAAGCUAGCAACCUUUCUUUAGUGCACAAUAUGUUUCUUGCAGUUUUUGUAUUUGAUUAGUAUACUUACUGUUCAAUGCCUCUCUUCUGCAAAUCUUGUCAUCUCAUUGACUGUGAAUCUGUAUAUUACUCAAAUGGAUAUGGAUAAAUGAUCUUUUUUUGCUGAAGUAUCUUCACUUAAUGCACUGUCCAGAAAGAGCCAUGUGAAAGACUUUCUCCGUAUGAGGAACGACAUGGAAAAAACCUCAGUGGACGUAAUUCUGACUUUGAAGACCCAUGAAGUUACUUCAUCAUGAGAAAAAUGUUGCGUGGAAACCACCAAAUAUUUUGUAACUUUAUUUCAUCUGACACGGGACGGAAUAUCAAUAUAGGAAUACUUUCAUGCAAAAAUGAAAGCCGAAGUGUGCCACUUUUAGGCCACAGAGGGACUUAGUUUAAGGGGCAGGGGAUGGUUGACAGAUUUGGUGCUAAGUUAAUUGCAAAUUGGCAACAUUCACAGUCACCGACCCAGAUGGUUUAUCUUGUGUGUUUACCUGGGAGAACUGGGGUUUGUUGGGAAGAAAAAGGGUACUGCAGAAACUCCCUGCGUGAGUACCGCAUGCUCGUUCAUAUUGAUGGCUACUGGGUGCUGUGUAGGUUUGCCAGGAAUCUCGAUUUUUCCCAGGUCAGUGUGCAGGCUUUGUCCAGACUCAGUCUGGUCCCACAGUGACCUCUGCUUCACUGUUGGAACCAUCUAUAAAGUUCCUCUGUACCAAAGCAGUGAAGGAAGGGACUAAGACAAGCUCCUGGACUGCAAAAGAGAAAGGAGAGGGUGCCAGACAGUACUCUGUUGAGGGUAUAAACUGGUUUACUUACUUUCUCCUUUGAAUUAAAUUCUAGAGUACUUUGUUUUUGUUUUGUUUUUUAAUCUCUUUCUCCCUAGGCCAAGCUUAGCUUUAUUCACAUCUUAUUCUUACCUUUCCACCUCAAGUAUCUACCCAACCAUUAGGCUUCAUGGAAUUUGGGCAAUACAGAUGCGCUCUAGAGGCUGGUGGUAAAUAUUUUUGGCAGCAAGACCUUUCACACAGUUGGCUCAGGCUACUUUUCAGAAUAAAGGCCAGAGCUCUGCUUUAGCCCGCUCUCAGUGUUGGGAAUCCUCUUAACAAUUUUCAUGAAACUUUACAAAGAACAUGCUGUGUAGCGUUGGACUUUACAGCUUGCUGGAUAAGGUCCUUGUGCACUACACUGGGCAGGAAGAGGGCCAGAAACUGGAAACUCUUGGCCUGGUAAUUUACCGUGAAAAUUUUGUCUUGUAACCUUCAAGCGAAAGGACACUUAAACUAUAUCAGAGACUAGAUGUGCAGGAGAGGUGGGUUCAUAGAGGCCAGACCUUAAGACCAAAGAUGCUGAAGUACAACAUUCUGUCCCUCCUACCCUGGGAAGCCUUCACAGACAGGCGCGACCCCAUUGCCGCCAGUGCUGCCAGUGUCAGCAGUGUGGGAUGCUGUGUCGCUUUCUGCCUCCACUUGAAAAAGCUAAUCAUAAAGACAAGGCUUCUUACAGUGGGACUAACCGUGUCCACUGGAAAUAAUUUCAGAAUGGUUUCUUAAAUCUCUUUGGGAGCCAUUUCAGUUUACCAGUUGUGGACAAGAGGCCACAAGACUUGUUCUCGACCCCUACAACCUCUGAUUGAGUCUUCAGAUUCUGACUUAACCAGAACAUCUGCAUAUUCAAGUACACUCUUCACAGUGGCUAAGAUUACCUUUCUGAGCUUUUGAUUCUCCUUCAUGUAAUCAUCACAGAUGCUGUUUCUGGUUUAUUGAUGAUUAUAUGAGACUUCUAGUACAAAAAUGAACGGGUAAUGGUGCCUCUUUAUUUUAAAAGUUUUAAGAAAAGAGCCACCUCAUAUUCAUAGAGUGUGUAUUUUGUGAAUGUGUGAGCUUUUAAUUGAAAAUAAGGAUGUUAUGAAGUAAAUUUUUUUUUUUUAAUUUUUCUGUAGCAACUGAGGUAUACAGAGACACUAAAACCCACACCAGGUCACGUGGGAAUGAGGAUCCUUGUUUUGUUUUGUUUUGUUUUGUUUUCUCUCCAGUUAGUCCCAUAGGUUGUGCAGUUCAAGUUCAGUAUUCUUUAUGCUGCAAGUUAUUUCCACCUCGGUGGUGUUGGGCUUUGGGAUGGUGAAUAGAACAAAAGCUAAGAGCCCUUGAGUUGUCCUCAAAGGCAAGCUGCUGGUGGACUAUUCGCUCUCUGGUAUUCCAGCUCAGCCUCUGUAAUGGGGACUGUCAGCCACGCUGGCCAGUCUUUUCAGUCAGCAGACUCAGGUUAUCUUUGGGGAAGGUUUGGUUAGUUUCAUCACAAGCACGCGUCAGGUGAAGUCUCAAACCAAAUCCCCGUUGUCCUUUAACUCUCCUCACGUUGUCAUCUCUGGCAACACUAGAAUGCUGCGGUCUGGAGGGACGUCAGCAAGGAAGGCGUGGCCUUUCGUGAGCCUGCCCAGCUGUCUUAGGUGUGCCGUAGUGCUUACCCUGAGCAGUGCAAGCUUCGUGAACUUCUCUUACUGAACCAUAAUUGACUAGAUACCAAAAAUACAGGGACAAAUGUAUUUUAGUAGCAGAUGAGGCAGUUAAAUAUAGGAUGAGUUUUCCGCUGUUGAUUUUACUGUAAUCAGCCAGAAAACACAAGUUCUGUUUUUAAGGUCCCUUUUGAACUAUAGCAGGCUUGUGCUUCAUUUACUUCCAAAGAGGCAGAAGCAGCUGGACUUGGCUGGCAGCAUGUGCUCUGUUUUGUGUUCUGGACCUGCACUUCCUUUCAGCAGUCACUUGACUUUCUCCAGCCAGGCAGAUGUGGGGUUCACUAGGAUGUAGUGCCUGAUCUUUCUUUUGGGAAGGGGUGGGAGUGAAUGUUUUGAGGGUGGAAGGGAAGCAGGAGAAGAGAGCAGGAGUGUGAGUGAGUGUGCAUGUGUUGGAAAUUCGCCAUCACCCCACCUGCAUUGAGCAAGGGACAGGCAUUCUAUGUAUUCUUCUCACGACUGCAGUGUGCAUGUAUUUUUUUCUCCCUUGUGUUUUCUAAACUUACACUAAAAGAUUUCACCAGAUCAUCUUGUUCAGAUGGCUCAGGAUUGUAUUUCUUUUGCUUACCCUGUGCUCUUGGGUUCUAUAGUAUUUCUAUAAUUAUGUAAGAAGAAUAGUGUUGCACUGUAAUCUAUCAUAUAGAGCUAUAUGUAUGGAAACUUUUGAUCAGUUUUUUAAGAGAUGUAUCCUGUUUGCAAAGGCACAAUAAAGUUGCAUCUUAGAAACUAUAGGCAAUAAAGCUAACAAUAAACCUUAUUUAACACAAA